AUGCCGAUGAACAUCGACCGCCUGACCGAGAUGUUCGGGCUCGACGGCAAGUCGGCCGUCGUGACCGGCGGCAGCCGCGGCCUCGGCUACAUGAUCGCCGGCGGGCUGCUCGACGCGGGCUGCCGGGUGAUCAUCUCGGCCCGCAAGGUGGAGCAGGUGACGGCCGCGGCCGGCCAGCUCGCGGCCCGCGGCCCGUGCGAGGCGAUACCGGCCGACCUGUCCACCCCGGAGGGCUGCGAGGCGCUGGCCGCCGCCGUGGCCGAGAGAUGGGAGUCGCUCGACAUUCUCGUCAACAACGCGGGAGCCAGCUGGGGCGCGAAGCUCGACGAGUAUCCGGUGGACGGCUGGAGAAAGGUCAUCGACAUCAACCUGGGCGGCCCGUUCUUCCUCACCCAGAAGCUGCUGGGACUGCUGCGGGCCGCAGCCCGCCCCGACGACCCGGCCCGGGUGAUCAACGUCGCCUCCGUGGACGGGAUGAAGCACAUCACCGUCAACGCCAUCGCGCCCGGCCCGUUCGACUCCAAGAUGAUGGCCUUCAUCCUCGACAACCCCAAGGCCCGCGCCGCGCUGGCGGCCGAGGUGCCGCUGGGCCGCAUCGGCGAGCCCGACGACCUGGCCGGUGCGGCCGUGUACCUGGCGUCGCGGGCCGGUUCGUACCUGACCGGAGCCACCGUGCCCGUCGGCGGCGGCCUCGCCUGCGCCGACUGA